AUGUCUCUGUGUGCGCCGACCCACAAGGAAUGUACUCCGUUGCCGUCGAUCCAGGAACUCGCGUGUAGCAAAACAGAAGCCAAAAGCGCCAUCCCGGAGCUCGGCCUGCCCAUCCCGUUCAGCUGCAGCCAGUCUGCUUUGACCAGAGAGCGCAGCCCCGUGUAUCUCUCAUCCUCGUAUAUGGAAAACAGGCACGACUACUCGGCCAUGGCCUUCUACAGCCCCGCCGUGGUGAACUACAACCUUCCGGGCAACUUCAGUGAUUCGGAAGGGGCUCCUCUGCGACAGCCAGCGAGUCCGAACAUGCUGUGGUCCAGUUCCGGUCACAUCUCUCCCCUGACCUUGCACUGCCAGUCAUCAGUUUUAUACGCAGAGCAGCCCAAAAGCCCGUGGUGCGACGCCAGGCCCGUGGAUCAUGUCCUGCCUAUGCACAGAGAGACCCUGAAGAGGAAACCCAGCAGCAGUGACUGUGUCAGCCCCACGACAAACAGCCCCGUCUCAAAAAGGGAUGCCCAUUUCUGUGCCGUGUGCAGCGAUUAUGCCUCAGGGUAUCACUACGGCGUUUGGUCCUGCGAAGGCUGCAAAGCAUUCUUCAAAAGGAGCAUCCAAGGACACAACGAUUAUAUUUGUCCAGCAACAAACCAAUGCACGAUAGAUAAAAACCGGCGCAAAAGCUGUCAAGCUUGCCGACUCCGGAAAUGCUACGAAGUCGGGAUGAUGAAAUGUGGCUCAAGGAGGGAGCGGUGUGGGUAUCGCAUCAUACGCCGUCACCGUAACUCAGAAGAUUCGGUGCACUGUGUAGGCAAAGUGAAAAAGAACAGUGAGAACAUCAUGCAGGUGAAAGAGGUCCUUGUCAACAUGCUGACCCCAGAACAGUUUGUUUCCAUCUUACUUGAAGCUGAACCCCCAAACGUGUUGGUGAGUCGUCCCAACAAGCCUUUCACGGAAGCUUCCAUGAUGAUGUCCUUGACAAAACUGGCAGACAAGGAACUGGUCCACAUGAUUGGCUGGGCCAAAAAGAUUCCUGGCUUCAUAGAGCUCAGUCUGUAUGAUCAGGUCAGGCUCUUGGAAAGCUGCUGGCUGGAGGUGUUAAUGGUGGGUCUGAUGUGGAGAUCCAUUGAUCACCCUGGCAAGCUCAUCUUUGCACCAGAUCUUGUGCUCGACAGGGAUGAGGGGAAAUGCGUGGAAGGAAUUUUGGAAAUCUUUGACAUGCUCUUGGCAACGACUUCAAGGCUUCGAGAGCUGAAAUUGCAGCACAAAGAAUAUCUCUGUGUCAAGGCGAUGAUCCUUCUCAAUUCCAGCAUGUUCCCACUCUCUUCAGCUGCAGAAGAACCCGACAGCCACAAGAAGCUCAGCCGCCUCCUCAACUGUGUGACGGAUGCCUUGGUCUGGGUCAUUGCAAAGAGCGGCAUCCCUUUGCCGCAACAGACAACUCGCUUGGCGAAUUUGCUGAUGCUGCUUUCUCAUGUCCGACAUGCAAGUAACAAAGGGAUGGAGCACCUGCUUAGCAUGAAGUGUAAGAACGUUGUACCAGUCUACGAUCUGCUUUUGGAAAUGCUGAAUGCUCACACUGUCCGAAGUCACAGGAAAAUGCCCAUCUCAGAUCCCGAGAUUAACCCAUCAGAACAAACAGAGACUACAGAUGGUGAACAGCAGUGAUUUCCGAAAGAUGUGGACAACCAAGGAAGUACAAAGAAAAAAAGAUCACUAUUACACAUUUGGCUGUUUACUUUUACAAAGAAAAUGCUGGUGUUUUGAUUUCCCUCCUAAAACUUUAAUCAUUUUUAUUAGACUGUA